UUGUGAAUAAUUGUGAAAAUAAGAUCUUUAUUCAGAAUAUAUAUUAUUGAUUGACUGUAUUGAUAUGACUGUACCUUAUAUCUUUGCCACAAUGUACUACAAUUAUUGACAUUUAAAAAUAAAAAUAAACAAUAGUGUUGAAAGAUCAAUGUUAUUAAAUAACAUAAUUAUCACAUUGCAUGGAAAAGUAAAAAAAAGUAAAAGUAGCAUCUGAAAGUUUCUGUUCUCUUGGCUACCAGUUUUUGGCAAUUUAUUAAAUUAUUUAGUAAGCCCAUAACAUUAUUAACUUAUUUUAAGCCCAUAACAUUUAUAGCAAUUAUGAAGUUUAACCUUUAAUUUUAUUAUUAACUAUUUCUCUUCUUUUUGUUGUUGUUGUUGUUAUUGUUGCAAGAUUCAAUGUACUUAUCCUUUUUAGUAGGUAUAACUUUAAUUUUACACAAUGUCUCAGCAUUCAGAAAAAGAGUGUAUUGACGCUAGCACAACAAAUAUUGGACUUUGCACAUCUCCUUUAAACAAAUUUGUAUGGAAUAUGGCUAACACAAGAGUAUUAUUAGAUUUAUGGAAAGAUAAUUACAAUGCAUUAACAUCUGCAAGAAGAAACACAAAUAUUUACAAACAAAUGGCAGCUGAAUUUUCAAACACAUUUAAUAUCGUACCUCCGUUAACUGGAUAUCAAAUUCAAUCUAAAAUUAGUAAUUUGAGGAAACAAUUUAGACGAGAAAAACUUCAAGUUGGUUCAUCGGGAGGAGCUCCUAGUAAAUGGUGGCCUUACGAUAUUGUUGCCAAAAUAAUAGGUGGUGAAGCUUCCCUUGACAAUGACCUUUUAUCUCAAAGUCAAAACUUUUCUACUCAAGAUUUUCAAGAUGGUCAGAUUGCCACAAUGGAAGAUGGCAAGGAGACUGUCAGUAUUUUAAAUACUGAAGCUUUGGAUGAUACAAGCGAUGUGCAAUCAAUUGUCACUAUUCCUGAUGAGGAACCAACUCAAUCUACAUCCGGCUGCAAUAAACGGAGGAGCCCUGAUGAUGAAAAAACUUUGAAUAAAAUAGCCAAAACUGAACCGGGAGACAUCGGUAAAGGAAAAAGCUAUUGGAAAAACAUGGAAAGCGUUUUAGCCGUACUUCGAUUAAGAAGAAGAACAUUAAUCAAUGAUGAAUCAAUCACCCACCCAUUUUCAUAUUUAGAUUUAGCUUCCUUUAAGUUAAAUCAACAAGGGUAUCUGAUUGAAAGAAAAGUUUGAGUUAGGCCAAAAAGUUUUCAAUGGUUUAAUGAGAUUUUUACUCAAAUGGAGGAAUGUGAAUUUAAAGAGCAUUUUCGAGUAAAUCGUAACACAUUUAAUUUCCUAGUUAAUGAAUUGCAUCCACAUUUAGGCAAAACUACCACAACUAUGCGAGAACCUAUUUCAGUAGUAAAACGUGUUGCAGUUGCAUUACAUUAUCUAGCUUCAUGUGAAGAGUAUCGUGUUGUGUCUAGCCUUUUUGGCAUAGGAAAGUCAACAGCAAAUUUAAUUGUUCAUGAAUUUAUUAAUGCUGUUCAUGACAUUUUGCUCCCUAAGUAUGUUAAAUUUCCAUUGUCAGUGGAAAAUUUAAAUAAACAUAGUAGAGAUUUCGAAGCUAUUCUUGGUUUUCCACAAUGCGUUGGAGCUGUUGAUGGAUGCCACAUCCCUAUUUCAGCCCCUAAAGAUCAAGCAACUUCUUAUUAUAAUUAUAAAGGGUGGUAUACCAUUGUACUUUUUGCCGUUGUAGACAGUCGAUACCGUUUCAUUUAUACAAGUGUUGGAUCGCCUGGUAGAAAUAAUGACAGCUAUAUUUUGCAGAAUUCUUCUUUAAAAGAAAUUUUAGAAUCAAAUCUAUUUGAUAAAUGUUGUAAAGAGCUGGGCGAUUCUCUUGUUCCACUAUGUUUGAUAGGUGAUUCAGCAUUUCCUUUAACGCGUCAUUUGUUAAAACCUUAUCCUGAAAAUUUGGAGCUUAGUGAAAUUCAAAAAAAUUUCAACAAAAUACUUUGCGGAGCUAGAAGAGUAGUUGAGAAUGCCUUUGGGCGCGUUAAAGCUCGAUUCCGUGUAAUUUGCAAACGUAUGGAAUGCGAUAUUAACUUUGCUACAAGAAUUGUUAAUGCUUGCGUCACUCUUCACAACAUUUGUGAAUAUUAUGACGAUAUUAUUAUAAUAGAAUGGCUUCUGCAUCAUCAUGAUGACAGUCUAGCUCAACCCAAUACAGUUUCUACAACUGGGAAUAAUGGACCAGGAAAAAAUGUUCGUGACUCAAUUGCUAAAUACCUUUAUGAAAGGGACAAGUAAAGUAGUAAUAAUAUCAUUUUAUUUAUAAAGUAGUAAUAAUAUCAUUUAUUAUUUAAAGUUUUAGCUGUAAUAUGGUUAUGUAUUUAGUAGUUUUGAACUAAACUUA